AUGCACAACAACGAGCUCUAUGGGCUUUUGCGUAACUCGAGAUUGGCACAGGUGGCUACUCCUCUUAGCAAAAAGUUGCGAGGUGAGUCCCAUAUCCCCACCCAUCAAAUAAUAUACACCCCAAAGUCAUCGGCUAUUCGGUCCAGUUUUGGUAUUAAGACCCAACUCCCCAAACAAGUUGGGCAGUCCCAUAUAGUAUUCAAUGACAUCGACAACCCCAAGAACAUGCCGGAUGUGGAGAAAUAUUCAGGAAAAUACUACAACAGACUCAAAUUUCAGGAAACUGGAAUGGUGGUGAAAAAUUACCAAAACGAGUCCAACCCUCUUUUUCCCUCGAGCACAACAAAAUCCACCACAUCCAACAAGGUGGACAGCAUAUUGGCAUCGUUCAACUUGAAUGACAACGCCACAACCGCCGAUGUGACCAGGUUGCUUUCCAAAAACCCAGAAUUGAACAAGAGAUUUCAGCAGUGGCUCUUGAAAAACAGCCCCAGACUGCUCUUAUCCAAGCCUCUUCGUUACUCGGACUUGUUACGUAGAUUCUUGAGCUCCCAGAGUGAUAUUGUCAGACAAGAGCUUCAACUCAACGAUCUUGCACGUCCCUAUGGUAAAGCUACUAGCAAUGCUCCACGCACCAAGAUCCAAGGAACAGGAGGUUUUUCAUACGCCCAGAAAGGUAGACUCACAAACUCUCCUAAUGGAGUCAAGUACGGUGUGAUUGCUCCCGGAAGAAUGGUGGGCGAUCGAGAGGCUGCUAUUGGAGGAUUUGUUGCAAGUGUCAAUGACAGAACUACUUUAUUGCAACAUAACUACUCUAGAAAUUUCCCAGGAAAACACUCGAGACAGUUUGUUAUGCCCUUCAAGUUGAAUGAGGCUGAGAUCACCGGCAAUGGAUCUGUCAAGAUGUAUGCUGACGGAGUCAAGGUGGGCUCAUGGAUGCAACGCACUAAUGCUGGAGAAUACGGCGAGCGCAACUACGAAGCGUCGAAUCCCAACUUUGCGUCUGCUUCCAUGAGAAACAGAAACGAAAACGUAAAGCUCGAGACGCUCUUGAACUUGAUGGGAGCAGGCAAAGGCAAGUAA